AUGAAAUACGUUGUUGUAUCUGGUGGUGUUAUUAGUGGUAUUGGUAAAGGUGUGUUAGCAUCUUCUACUGGUUUACUUUUAAAGACUUUAGGUCUUAGAGUUACCUCUAUUAAGAUUGAUCCUUAUAUGAAUAUUGAUGCUGGUACUAUGUCACCAUUAGAACAUGGUGAAGUUUUCGUUUUAAAUGAUGGUGGUGAAGCUGAUUUAGAUUUAGGUAAUUAUGAACGUUAUUUAAAUAUUACUUUAACUCGUGAUCAUAAUAUUACUACUGGUAAAGUUUAUCAACAAGUUAUUGAACGUGAAAGAAAAGGUGAUUAUUUAGGUAAAACUGUUCAAGUUGUUCCUCAUUUAACAAAUGCUAUUCAAGAUUGGAUUGAAAGAGUUGCUAAAGUCCCAGUUGAUGAUACUGGCUUAGAACCUGAAGUUUGUAUUAUUGAAUUAGGUGGUACUGUUGGUGAUAUUGAAUCUGCUCCAUUUGUUGAAGCUUUAAGACAAUUUCAAUUUAGAGUUGGUCAUGAAAAUUUUGCAUUAAUUCAUGUUUCUUUAGUUCCAGUUAUUCAUGGUGAACAAAAAACUAAACCAACUCAAGCUGCUAUUAAAGAUUUAAGAUCUUUAGGUUUAAGUCCAGAUGUUAUUGCAUGUCGUUGUUCAGAAAAAUUAGAAAAACCAGUUAUUGAUAAAAUUUCAAUGUUUUGUCAUGUUGGACCAAAUCAAGUUUUAGGUGUUCAUGAUUUAAAUUCAACUUAUCAUGUUCCUUUAUUAUUAAUUGAUCAAAAAAUGACUAAAUAUUUAACUCAAAGAUUAUCAUUAGAUUCAUUAAAUGUUAAACCUGAAGCUAAAGCAAAAGGUGAAGAUUUAUUAAAUAGAUGGAAAGUUUUAACAACUAAAUAUGAUCGUUCAUUUGAAACUGUUAAAAUUGCACUUGUGGGUAAAUAUACUCAUUUAAAAGAUUCUUAUAUUUCAGUUAUUAAAUCUUUGGAACAUUCAUCAAUGAGAGUUUCACGUCGUUUAGAAAUUGUUUGGGUUGAAGCAUCAGAUUUAGAAUUAGAAUCAAAUGAUACAGAUAAAGUUAAAUAUCAUAAAGCAUGGCAUUCAUUAUGUUGUGCAGAUGGUAUCUUGGUUCCAGGUGGGUUUGGUUCACGUGGUACUGAAGGUAUGAUGCAAGCUGCCAAAUGGGCAAGAGAAAAUAAAAUUCCAUUUUUAGGUGUAUGUUUAGGUUUCCAAGUUGCAACAAUUGAAUUUGUUCGUAAUGUUGUUGGUAUUACAAAUUCUAAUUCUCAAGAAUUUGUACCAGAAUUAAGUGAUGAAGAAGCUACAGUUGUUUAUAUGCCAGAAAUUGAUAAAGAUAAAUUAGGUGGUACAAUGAGAUUAGGUUUAAGAGAAACUGUUUUCCAAACUGAAGAUUCAGUUUUAAAAAAAUUAUAUGGUGGAGUUGAUGAAAUUUUAGAAAGACAUCGUCAUCGUUAUGAAAUUAAUCCAAAAUUAAUUUCCAAGAUUGAAAGUAAAGGUUUAAAAUUUGUUGGUAAAGAUCUUGCAGGUGAACGUAUGGAAAUUUUUGAAUUAGAAAAUCAUCCAUAUUAUGUUGCAGCUCAAUAUCAUCCAGAAUAUUUAUCAAAAGUUUUAGAUCCUUCAAAACCUUUCUUAGGUUUAGUUGCUGCUGCUUCAGGAGUUUUAGAUAAAGUUUUAAAUGGUGAAAUUAAACCAAUUAGUCAAGGUGAUUUUUAG